UCCUUCUCUCCCCAAAAACCCAUUCGCCUUCUUCUUCCUCUUCAUCUUCUAAUCGUGCCCAAAUUUCUUCUCAUACCCAGAACAGAAUAAAGAGCACCAGAAUCAUGGAGGGACAAGAAGAACCUAGAAAGAGGGGCGAGAACAACAACGACAAGCCGUACAAGGGGAUAAGGAUGCGGAAGUGGGGCAAGUGGGUGGCCGAGAUUCGCGAGCCCAACAAGCGCUCCCGGAUUUGGCUCGGCUCCUACUCCACCCCCGUCGCCGCCGCCCGGGCCUACGACACCGCCGUCUUCUACUUGCGCGGCCCCUCCGCCAGGCUCAAUUUCCCCGAGGCCUUGCCGGUCGGCGGCGGCGGGUGCGGCUGCGACGGCGACAUGUCCGCCGCGUCGAUACGGAAGAAGGCCACCGAGGUCGGCGCGAGGGUCGACGCGGUCGAGACGGCCAUGCGAGGCGGACAGCACAAGGCGGUGAAGGAGAUGAAGGCGCGCGGGUCGGUGGAUCGGGUCGACUUGAAUAAGAUUCCUGACCCGGAGGAAACGGAGGGCGGGUUAAAUUAGUUGAGUGGGUGCUGACGUUGCGCAGGGGAGGAGUAUGUGACGGCUGAAGCAAUGAUGAAGCUUUCGUCCUGGUCCUGGGGAUUUACAAC